GCGAAGAUCGUUUGUCAGGGCCUCAAGUCGGUGCAAAAACAUGUCCGCUCGAGCGAGGAAUUAAGAAACUUUUGCUUGAUUUCUGCCAAAGUAGCCCCAAAACAUGCCUCGUUAAGCGAUCUUGCGGUAAAUAUUGCAUUUCCUCGUAGUUUCCGAGCGAUCGCGUAGAAAUCAGACGGAGAUCAACUUCGCGAUUUCGACGAGGCUCUCUCAUCUCAGCCUUUUAGUCUUGCGCAAAUUUGGGUACAGGAAUCACCCAUGCGAUCUUUUCGAGCUGUAGUGAGAGGUUUAACUUCAAAUUAGAUUUUACCGAUGUCGAAUCCAACAGCCACACUCACAAGCUUGUGGAUAGAAGGUCAACCAAGCCCAGUGAAAAGUAACCCGGCUACUCCGGUGAAAGGAGUUGGGAAUCGGGACGCAACAGUGGUUUCAGAAGAUUUCUUGAAGUUUUACAAAGAUAGCGGACUUGAACCUUUGGCCCGAGAGGCUGGCGUAAUAGACAACAACGGAACUCUAGAUGGACUGAAAGAUUCCACCUCUCAUCCAAGAGUAAAUUCUGAUGUAGCAAGACCGACAAACAGCUCAAAUGUGAUGCCUGUGACAACAGCCAAAAUAUCACCUGUUAUUUUACCCAAGACAUCAAAUACUGCCCCAUCAGCAAUGGUGAUAGGUUCUCCUGGGUCACAUCAAGUUAUUGCUGUUGGUGGAAGUCCUAGCACACCAACCAUGAUUGCUGCUCCGAUUGUGCCAGCAAAUGCAACAGCUUCGUGGACAAGAGUAAACACAACUCCAAACAGUGGAAAGAAGAGAAGAAUGGAUUGCAUGGAAAAUAAUGACCUCUUAGAUAGUGCAGAAAGAAAACGAGGCAAAAGACUACCAAGCGCAGGUCGCUCAGGAGGUGAUAAAAGUGGAAAAGGGUUGAGACAUUUCUCCAUGAAAGUGUGUGAGAAAGUUCAACAGAAGAGAACCACAUCCUACAAUGAGGUUGCUGAUGAAUUGGUUCAGGAGUUCAGUGAUCCUGACAAACAUCUGUCACCCACAGACCAGGCUUAUGAUCAGAAGAACAUCAGAAGAAGAGUGUAUGAUGCAUUGAAUGUUCUGAUGGCAAUGAACAUCAUUUCAAAAGAAAAGAAAGAAAUUAAGUGGGUUGGUUUGCCCACAAACUCAGCACAGGAAUGCCAACAAUUAGAGGAAGAAAAAAUGGAAAGGCAAGAAAGAAUAAGACAAAAGACUGCUCAAUUACAGGAGCUGAUCUUGCAGCAAAUUGCUUUUAAGAAUCUUGUGCAAAGGAACAAACAAGUGGAAAAGGAUCAGGGUUCCCCAGCUCCUAACACAGCUAUUCAUCUGCCUUUUAUCAUCGUGAACACAAGCAAGAAGACUGUCAUUGACUGCAGUAUAUCAAAUGACAAAUCUGAGUAUCUGUUCAACUUUGACAACACAUUUGAAAUCCAUGAUGACAUUGAGGUUCUAAAACGAAUGGGUAUGGCAUUUGGUUUGGAAAAAGGACAAUGUGCUGAGGCAAACCUCCGAACCUCAAGAACGAUGGUCCCAAAAGCACUUGAGCCUUACGUCACAGAUAUGGCAAAAACUGGUCCAGUUGGACUUGCUGGAGCACUGGGCAAUCAUGCAACUCCUAAUAAAUCCUUGGGAUGUUCAGCUUCUCCACUGGUAGCAGCCACUACACGAAUGUCACCUCUUCCAGCCCCAAACACACCUUCAUCGCCUCUGGCCACCCCCUUGGCUCAAGGACAUGGAACUUCACCUGUGCCCGUGACAACCAGCCACACACGGAGUCGUACCUCAAGAACAUCAUCCAUGGCUAGUGACAGCGGACCCUCUCACCGAACUGCAUCACCUUAUUCCUUUCCCUCUUCUCCAGCUUCUGAUGCUUCUUCAGAAAUAUCACAAGAUGGAUUUAUGGACACUGAUGAUACUAACUCACAUCACUGAUUUUAUUCUGAAUGGAAGUUUUAGGAGUGUGUGUUAAAGCAAUGUAGACAACUGAAAUAUCACCUCACUCUAACAAGAGUGAUGUAUUCUGGUUUUGGAAUGCGAUGACUAAACUCAGUCUCUACAUUUCUCAAGCUUAUACUAUGCAAGGCUUUUAUAGUUUGUUUGUUUUUUGUUUUCUUUUGUUUUUUUUUUUCAACUAGAACAUCUUCUGUGGAAUGCCAGAGAACAUAAACAAGAAUGUAGUGUAGUAAACCAUACUCAAACAUGUAUGCACAUUUCGUGGAACAAAAAAAUGGGAGGAAGAUAUUAUUGUAGAUUAGUGAUGUUUUUGGCCUGAGUAAGAAGGUACUGACCAAAGAAAAGGAGUUAAUUUUGAUAUCAAUGUUCUUUGGUGUAGAUUUGGUAAAUGAGGUCACAAGUUGCAAUUUGUAAGUUUUACAUCAAUUUGUGGUAAUGGAAACAAAUUUGGAUGCAGGUCUCAAAGCAUCAAAUGGAUUUCUACUGUGUAACAUGCUUUGUGAUGUGGAAGCUUAGUUUACAAGUCUUCGCAGAGCUCGUAUUCUUUAUGAUUUUGUACUGCACCUCUCGGGCAGAGUGCAAAGAUGGGUACCAAGGCUGCAAUAAAUAAAAACAACAAACAUGUCUACU